AUGGGGGAGAAACCAUUUGAAUGUAUUGAAUGUGGAAAGAGCUUCAGUGGAAGUGGAGACCUUAGAAGACAUCAACGAACUCACACGGGGGAGAAACCAUUUAAAUGUAUUGAAUGUGGAAAUAGCUUUAGUAGAAGUGAACACCUUAGAAUACACGAAGGAACUCACACGGGGGAGAAACCAUUUAAAUGUAUUGAAUGUGGAAAGUGCUUCAGUCAAAAUGGAACACUUAGAUUGCACCAACGAACUCACACGGGGGAGAAACCAUUUGAAUGUAUUGAAUGUGGAAAGCGCUUUAGUCAAUAUGUACACCUUAGAAAACAUCAACGAACUCACACGGGGGAGAAACCAUUUAAAUGUAUUGAAUGUGGAAAGUGCUUCAGUCAAAAUGGAACACUUAGAUUGCACCAACGAACUCACACGGGGGAGAAACCAUUUAAAUGUAUUGAAUGUGGAAAGUGCUUCUGUCAAAAUGGAACACUUCGAUUACACCAAUGA